AAUUUGAUAGAAUUGUCAGUGGAGAUAAGAAGAGUAUUAGAAGAGCAUUGAAUAUAUACGUUACAAUUCAAAAAAUUAUGGAUGAGCACAUGAAAAAGGUACUAUUAUUCGUUAUUCUGAUGUCCAUCAUCACUACACCCAUACCACUUGCAAUGACACAAAUACCAAAAACGGAAUCAACUUCGCUGCCGAUUUACCUCCUAUCCAUCACUGU